AUGCUGCUGUUCGAUGCUAUCAAUGAGGCCAUCGGCCGCACACUCGCUCCGUUCCUCAACCCGCUGCAAUGGGACCUUGACACGUGUCCUUCCUCUGCCGCUCGGCCAGUCUCGCUCCGGAAGCUGCACCCGCGACCAGUGGGGAAAGAUCUUCUGAAGAGAAUCUGGGUGGAGAUUCAUGAUUGGCCGAUUCCACCGUCACCCGACGUGUAUGAUGUGCUUGAUGACGCAGCGAGGAGGGAUAUGCAGAAAGGCGUGGUUCGGUGGUCGCAGGAAGAGAUACGAGACUCUGAGGCUGCUACAGUGGCGUUUGAUUUGGAGGAGAUGAUUCUAGACGCUCUUGUUGAGACUGCUUGUAAGGAGUACAGCGAGGUGGAGAGGGAACGGGUGGAGAGGAGGCGAGUGCGGGAGCUGCAGAGGAAAGCGGCCCGGGAGGAACAGGAGAGGGAGAGGCGAAGGUGGAGCAUUGGAGGGAGGGCCUGUGCGGCUGGAAGUGAGAGAGGAGGUGGAAGGUCCAGUAGCAGUGAGAGGGCGGCUGGGAAGGGUGUGGGGUUGCAUGGAGUGGAUAGGGCCCCUGCCAGGCCCACCACUCCCGUGAGGGCUGUCACUCCUGGGCGGGGCGUGAGGGCAAUUGGAGUAGGGAAGGUAGGUCAGAGGCCUGUUGGAGGGGUGGUUGGUGGGGAUGUGGAUAGGAGGUGGAGAAACUAA